CUCAUUUCCAUUUGCUUCCACUGAUGUGCACUGUACACCACCUCCUCCAAAUCAAGCAAGAUGGAUGCCCAGGGCGCUGUCGACUCGCUCCUUGGCCGCCUCACCGCCAUCCUCAUCAACGAGGCACAACUGCUCGGCGGCCUCCACAGCGACGUGGAGUUUAUCAAGGAUGAGAUGGAAAGCAUGAACGGCCUGCUCCUCCACCUCAUCGAAGCACACCACCGUGACCACCAGGUGCGUGCUUGGAUGAAGCAAGUGGUCGACCUCACCCGCGACUGCGAGGGCAACGUCGAGCUCUACAUCCACAGCGUCACAGAUGGUGGCCACCAUGCCAGUGGCUUCCUGGGCUACUUGCGGCACAUAGUACACUAUGUGCUCACCAUCCCGGAGCGGCAUCGGAUCGCAACGAGGAUCCGGGAGCUCAAGAUUAGGGCACGUGACGUAAGCGACAGGAGGCUGAGGUAUGGUGUCACCAUUCCACCGGCUGCUGACCAAGCUGACCCGAUAUUCUUGGGCGACAUACCCCGUGGAUUGGCAGACAGGGAGGAAGAUGCUCGGAGAUGCUCUCUUCUUAUCAACUAUCCGGAUGAAGUGGCUUAUGUCGAGAAAAUCGUUGAUGAUAUCAUCAAGUCUUUGCUAGCUGAGGAAGAACUUGUCCAAGAUCCGGCAAAUAGGGAAUCCCACCCGAGGAUAUUUCUCAUAAUCCUGCCAUGGUAUGAUUUCCGAGAUAUUGAUAUAAUUACAGAGAAACUGUAUAAGCGGAAAAUGAGCUCAUUUAGUUGCAAAGCCUUGGUUCACAAGUGCUUAUCUGAAGUCCAAGUAUUGCGGGAAAUAUUGUACCAAGUGGCGCCCCUUCUAGCUGAACAAGACAUGCUCAGGGUGGAAGUGGAGAAGAGUACGGAAACAUCACCGAGUGUUGAUGUGGAGGAUGAGACCAUGCAGCUCACCAAGAAACUCGAGGGGUAUCUCAAAGGUAAACGGUUCUUGAUUAUUCUUCAAGGUAUCAAUGACAACUAUCACUGGGAUAGGAUAAGCUCUGGUGUGUUACAUGCUACUGCUCAUGGUUCUCCUGGUAGUGCUGUAGUAAUUGCCAGAGAUUCUGAUGAUUUGGUCAUCGAGUCCCCUUAUAAAAUGAUCAAACCUCGAGGUCUGUUUGGUGCUUUCUGCAAUGAUACUAGGGAGCUUUGUUCUGGCACUUCUGCAUAUGGGAUAAAAGGCAUUUUAGAUUUAUGUGACCGCGAUGUCUUUGCAAUGAAGAUAUUCCAACAUCUUAUGUAUGUUAACCCUGCAAGGGGUGCAACACAAAUAGACAACUUUCUAGCAACUUUGAAGUUUUGUAAGCUCUCGGAUAAAAGUGUGGCAAUGCAAAUGGUGAAGUUCUCCUACAACGACUUGCCUGCCAAGUACAGGAGCUGCUUGCUCUACCUAAUUAUCUUCCCUGAAGGUGGCCUCAUUAGAAGAACAACCGUCUGUGGAAGAUGGAUAGCCGAAGGCCUGAUAACAUCAAGGGAGAAUGGUGCAGAAGAUGAAGCCGAUUCAUGUUUCAAUGCUCUCCUCUCCAGGAGCCUCAUUCAACCUGGGGUGAUCGGUGACAUGGGCAAGACCAAGACCUGCACAUUGCAUCAUGUUGUUCGUCAAGUCAUCACCAGGAUCGCUAGAGAUAUAAACUUUGCGGACACGGAACUACCGCCCGAUUUGGCUCGCCACCUUUCCAUUCACAGCAGAAUUGAGGUGCAAGCAACUGAUGGCGUUGGCAUUGUUGCAAUUCUUCCAUAUUUGGCAAAGUCAUCUCAGUGGCAGCUAUUGAAGAUGCUGGAUCUAGAAGGUUGCAGAGGCUUAAAGAAGCAACAUUUGAAGACUAUCUUUAAAAUAGUAUUAUUGAAGUACUUAAGCCUUAGAAACACAGAUAUCACUGAACUACCCAAGCAAAUUGAGAAGCUGCAAUGUCUGGAGACCUUGGACAUCCGACAAACAACGCUACGGGCCUUCGCCACAAAUUCGAUCAUGCUCCCAAUGCUAAAGCAUUUGCAUGCUGGCCAGGCACAGUCUCCAAGCAACAACUCUGAUAAGUCUCGGGAUUUGCUUACGGCAGUGCGCAUUCCCAGCAGCAUCAGAAGAAUGGAACAAUUGGAGACACUAUCCCAUGUUGAAGCUUCACAUAGUGUUAAUGAUUUAAGUGAUGUUGGUUAUCUAUUGCAGCUGAGGAAACUGGGUGUUAUUCUCCAUGGUAAGAAAGGUGGCUUGGGUCUUCUAUUCCAACAGAUUGAAAAAUUACAAUGUUGCCUCCGCUCCUUGUCAAUUCAGAUCAACCAACCGGUUUCCAAAACUGAGGAUGCUCCAUGUGCAGAGGAGGUGGUCACAUUAGCCUCACCUCCAAAACUUCUUCAGAGCCUGAACAUCAGCGGCAUCACAAGUGGGCUUCUCACCUGGAUUGCAGAGCUCGAUCAACUUACCAAGAUAACACUAACCGAGACUUACCUGGGGGAAGAUUAUAUACGCAUCCUCGGCAAGCUUGCAGCUCUGUGUUGCCUUAGGCUUCGGCGUAAUUCCUACGUCAGAAGCGGGCUCACAUUCAAGGAAGGGGAGUUCAAGAGCAUCAAGUCUUUGGUCGUCGAUGACGGCAUCAUCACCAACAUUACCUUCGACACUGGAGCAGCUCCCAGGCUCGAGAAGAUUGUGUGGUCCUUCGCCAAAAUGGAUGCUAUUUGUGGACUCUGCCUUCCCAAGUUGAAGAAUGUUGAGCUCAAUGGUGAUUGCGACCCAGAUCCAGUGAGACUAGCACUUGAAAAGCACCCCAAUCUUCCUGAUUUCAAGCAUAAGACACACCACGGGCAACAAGAAGGUGGCGUUGUGGUUGCUGCCUCACCUCCAUGACCAAAAGGUCGGUGUUUGCCUGACUCAUCUUCCAACCUUAAAUAACAUAAGCACCUGAAGGAAGGCCCAGUCAUGUUCUUCUAGUGUCAUUCGUCAUGAAGCUGAAUUAUUUCAGUCUUCUGUGUGUUUGGUUUGUGUGCGUCUAUUGUACUCCCUCCAUCCCAUAAUAUAAGAGCGUUUUUGACACUACUGUAGUGUCAAAAACACUCUUAUAUUAUGGGACGGAGGGAGUAGUUACGUAGUCCUCAUAUACUUGGACUAUUUGUGCGCGUGCCUGUUUAUUUGUGUGCAUGCUCUGAUGUGUAGUGUGGUACUGGAUUCUAUUCUUCGGUGUACUGUCUUGUUUACUGCAUGUCAUGCAACUUUGAGCAAACACUAUUAUUUGUGCUGUAU